GUACAUUGCAUCACUUCAGAUCGUAGUCGUAUGGUCUAACCUGAUUUCAUUUUUUAAAUUUGUGUUCUGAAUUAUUUCUUGUGCAUACAAAUAUUGUUAUUUAUACAUAUUUGCAGUGUAAACCAAAGUUAUAGUUUUGAAAUUUAUCCAAAAUGACAACUAUUGAAUUGCUUGAAGAUAGAAUCACGGAGUUGGAAAAGCAAAUAUAUGGAUUGGCAAAAACAAUUGAUGUCAAUGAUAAUCCAUUGGAAAAUCCUGUUCUCGAUAGCAUCUUACAUGUAAAUACAUUGAUUUCAUCUGCACUGUCUGGACGAGAGAAGGCAAAUGCAAUAGUAAAGCGAUUACCAGAGUUAAAUAAUUAUCUAGAUCCAAUUGCUGAAAGUUCAGAAAUACCUACAGAAGCUAAACUUCAAUUUAUAUCAGCAACAGCUUCAGACAUCCAACAAAACUAUGAAAUGUUGAAACAGCUGCAGGAACUAAUGCCUAUAUUAGAAACUGAUCAUCUAAAAAAUGUACCAGAAUUAAGUAAUAAACUGAACGAUUUGAAUUUGUCAUAUUUAAAGUUGUAUGAAGAUACACAAGGAUUAAAUAAUCGUAUAAAUGAAGUUUUUUCCAAAUAUAAUGAAGUAGUAACUAGUAUUUCCAAAUCAUUGAUCACUAUAGAUAAUAUUAUAACAGCAGCUGAAAUUGCAGCGAUCCCCAAGAAAGAAUUAGAUUAA